UACUGUUGGUAGCCCUCUAGUAGGUGAACUCGAAAAAAGCCUCCGCACGCGACAGAUAAACCUUAACGCGCUUCGAGUUGCUACCCAGUAUUGAACUCCGUAUCACAAGUCACGGUUAUAUCAGGAGUUUGUUGUUCCUUCGCUCCGUGUGUUGUAUGUGUUUAUAUUGGUUUUUUGAGUAAAACCCACUGAAUUUUCAUAAUGAGCGCCGAGGAAGAAGUACUUCGGAUUCAAAAGAAAUUACACAAGAUGUCGAGCGGCGACGGGACGGUGAGUAAGGUCAGGAACAAGCAUUGGAACUACUUAAAAUAUUACAAAAGUUACCUGUUGACUUAGAACUUUUGACUAAAACGCGUAUCGGUAUGACUGUUAAUGCAUUAAGAAAAUCAAGCAAAGACGAGGAAGUUAUAUCGUUGUCCAAAACUCUUAUAAAAAAUUGGAAGAAAUUUUUAUCUGGAUCAAAUAAAGAGAAGGAUUCUACUUCCUCGAGUAGUUCGAAAAAGAGGGAGGACAAAUCAGAGAAAAAUAAAGAUGACGGGGAUCAAAAGAAAGAUAAAGAUAAUAUGGAUGGUAGCGAUGUUAAAAUGAAAGAAGAGAAACCUCAUAAAGAUUUUCAAAGAAAACAAUCUACAUUCCCUGCUCCUACUACAACAGAUGCUGUUAGGCUUAAAUGUAGAGAACUUUUAGUAUCGGCUUUAAGAGUGGAUGGAAACGCUAUGGAGGGUUGCGCCAGUCCGGAGGAAUUGGCCGAAGAAUUGGAAGAGGCAAUUUAUGCGGAAUUUAAAAAUACAGAUAACAGAUACAAAAACAGGGUGCGUAGUCGGGUUGCUAAUUUACGGGAUGCUAAAAAUCCGACUCUACGAACUAAUUUCAUUGCCGGUGCUAUAACGCCAGCCAGACUUGCCGUUAUGACUGCCGAAGAAAUGGCUAGUGACGAGAUAAAACAGUUAAGAGAACAAUUUAAAAAGGAGGCAAUCAAUGAUGCACAGCUUGCCACAGUUCAGGGAACGAAAACCGAUUUGUUGAAAUGUGGCAAAUGCAAAAAACGCAAUUGCACUUACAACCAAGUACAAACGCGUUCGGCCGACGAACCUAUGACUACAUUUGUGUUGUGCAACGAAUGUGGAAAUCGAUGGAAAUUUUGCUAAAUAUCUCACCUCACAGUUUUGCCCGAUCACCAUGAAGGGGAAAAUGGAUUUCAUUCAAGACCUGCCUAUUUAUCAACACAUGUUAGACUUAACGAGACAUCAUGAAAAAAAAAAUAUACCAUAUGCAAUUUUCGAGUCACAGACUGUACAUUGUUCGCUUAAAUGAUCUUUUUAAUCUCUUCACAAGUUUUAAAGAACUCUGUUUCCAUUCAAUUGUAUAUACUGGAAUUGUAAUUUACUAGGCCUGAACAUUUUAGAAUGUACAUCAAAUCUAAUGGACAAUUUGAUAAGUUAGAUGGGACGAGCAAGAAAUACUUUCGAGUAUAUUAACGCAGCAUCUAUUUAAAACUCCGUGUACGAAUGAUAUUAAAAUGAAAAUAACGUUUCUUUUUUUCCAUUGUACAAGUUUACAUGUCUUAUCUGUGGAAGAGUUCUGAAUUGUGGGUACAGA